AUGUUUUAUCUUUCGUUUUACGUGCUUUUUGUUCUAACUGGGUCAAUUUUAGCUGCGCCGCCAAAAGGAGGCAGUGAUGCUUCAAAACAGUACAUGGUGACCAACUUACCAGGACUAUCAGAGAUUGACGAUGGAUUCAAGCCACUAAUGUACGCGGGUCAGCUAGAGCUAUUCCCCGAGAACAACACGAAUUACUUCUUUUGGAAAUUCAUCGAUGCUAGUAAAAACGUCAACUCAACAUCAUACAAACGUACAACGUUUUGGCUAAAUGGUGGUCCAGGGUGUUCCUCAAUGGAUGGCGCUUUGUUAGAGUCGGGACCAUUCAGAAUAGACCAAUCGCAAAAGGUUGUCAUGAACAAUGGGUCAUGGCACAAAGCGAGUGAUGUAAUCUACGUUGAUCAGCCGGCAGGGACCGGCUUCAGUUACACUGAGCAAGACAAAUAUGUCCACGAGUUGUAUGAUAUGGCAUUUUACUUUAUCAAGUUUAUGGAGAAAUACUACGAGAUUUAUCCCGAGGAGUUGGACAAUGAAAUAUACCUUGCAGGUGAGUCGUACGCCGGUCAGUAUAUCCCAUACAUUGCUGAUGCUAUACUCAAGAGAAACGCCAACUUACAAGAGAGCCAAAAGGCGUACAACUUAAAAGGUUUGCUUAUUGGUAAUGGCUGGGUGUCACCAAAUGAGCAGAGUUUGGCGUACAUGCCUUUCUUUUUGAACAGAGGUUUGAUAAAAAAGAACAAUCCCAUGUUUAUGAAACUUCUUGGACAGCAAGAGCGUUGUCAAAGGAUAGUGGAUAAGGUUGACGCACAUUUUAAUGACAAGCAGGUUAAUCCAGUUGAGGUUGACUCGUCCGUAUGUGAGAGUAUAUUGACUAAUUUGUUGCUAGCAACGAACGAUAACCAGGCUUCUCGUGAACAACAGUGUAUCAAUAUGUAUGACUACACGUUGAGGGACUCGUAUCCAUCUUGUGGUAUGAAUUGGCCGUUUGAGUUAAAGUAUGUCAAACCUUUUUUGAACAACGAUGACAAUAAGCAUGACUUGAAUUUGAAGAAAUUGAAAACUUGGAACGAGUGCAGCGGUAGAGUCAGCAGAAAUUUUUACGCCUCCAAUUCGUUUCCCUCCGUGCAUCUACUUCCAAGCUUGCUCGAGCAUGUCCCCAUAGUUUUAUUCAAUGGAGAAAAUGAUAUCAUUUGCAACACCGAGGGAGUGAUGCUGUACAUAUCCAAAUUGAAAUGGAACGGGAUUAAAGGGUUUGAGAAUACCGAUGCUAAAGCUGACUGGUUGCAUGACGAAAAGAACGUAGGCUACAUGUUACAGGAAAGGAACUUGACCUUUAUCAAUAUUUUUAAUUCCAGUCACAUGGUACCUUAUGAUUUGCCUGACGUUUCCAGGGCGUUAAUUGAUAUCAUCACCGGAAACUUUGACGAAAAAAAAGUUAACGAUAAACCAACAGUGGUGACUUAUCCUCUUGGAGUAAAGAGACAGGGCGAUGUACAGCAUAAUGAUGCCGAAGAGACACCUUCAAAAGCACCAACAUCCACAAGCUCAACAGCCAGUUCCACAACAACCGACUCUAUCCCCAAGGCAUCGUCCACUACAACACCAAAUGAUGAACCAACUAGCAAUAAAGUGACAAGACUCAUUCAAUUAGCAGUCGUGAUUAUUGUGAUAUGGGGGCUUUACAUGUUGUAUGCAUCGUACAGAAGUAGGCCCGCAUCGAUUAUCAAGAAACCGGCUGCAAGUGGCAGGAAAAAGAAUGUCCAGUGGGCAGAUCAGCUUCCUGAAGAAGGUGGCCAACAAGAAGGUUUUCUUGCUAAAACAUUUGGCAAAUUAACUGGAAAUAGCAAUGGUUAUGCCAGAGCAGAUACGGAGGACUAUGUCGAUGACAUAGAGUUGGGUGAGAAUAUCGGGGACUCGCAAUUGGACGACUUUAUAAUUGCUAGUGAUGAUGAAGGUGAAGAUGGUCGCACCGCAAGUGGAAAUGACGACAACCGGUCAAAGAUAAAAGGUGGCGAUGCAAUUGUAUAG